AUGGCGGCGCGCUUCAACCACCACGACCAGCUUGCGACUAGCAAAGUGGGAGCUGCUUGGGCUCAGCGUAUUUUUACCCAAUCCCCUCGCGCGCUUCUAUUUAUAGCGGAAAUACAGUACUGUCCACCUUGGCGGCCAAGAGCUCACUUCUGCAUUUGUCGCGCAAGACCCAGAGCCGAAGCAAGCAAUCAAGAGAGAGAGAGAGAGAGAGAGAGAGAGAUGGCCGCCGCUGCCCCCGCCAAGCAGGCCGCGCCGUCGUCGUCCGCGUGGAUCGGCUACGUGGCCAUGGUGCUGCUGGCCAUGCAGUUCGGCCUGCAGCCCAUCCUGUACAAGGAGUUCGCCGGCGAGGUCAAGAACCGCUCGGUGCUGGUCAUCGCGUGCGAGGGCUGCAAGCUGCUGCUGUCGCUGCUGACGCUCGUGUCCUCGGGCGCGCUCGGGCGCGUGGUCAAGACGUGGAACCUGCACGACAGCCUCAUGGCCUCGGGCCUGCCCGCCUGCACCUACGCCGUGCAGAACGUGCUCAUCCAGGUGGCGUACCAGCACCUGCCGUCCAUCGUGUUCAACCUCAUCAACCAGACCAAGCUGCUGUCCGCCGCGCUCUUCCUCUACUUCCUCAUGGGCACGCGCUUCUCGCUGCAGCAGUGCUUCGCCAUGAUGAUGCUGCUGGGCGCCGCCGUGCUGCUGUCGCUCGCCAAGGACGGCGGCGCCGACGACGACGCGGCCGCCCCCGCCAUCUCCGUCGAGCUGGGCCUCGUGCCCGUGCUGCUCGCCUCGCUGCUGUCGGGCCUCGGCUCGGCGCUCACGCAGCGCUCCAUGCAGCAGCACAAGCGCGACGCAGCGCUCGUGACCAUGGAGCUGUCCAUCUACGGCAGCCUGUUCCUCAUGCUGCCGGCCAUCUGGUCCACCAUCGUCAAGACGCCCGUGUCCGAGUCCCCCGCCGCCAACGCGCUGGCUAACAUGGACAAGGUCUUCGAGGGCUGCACCUACUACACCAUCAUCCCCGUCGUGAGCAACGCGCUGGGCGGCCUGCUCGUCGGCACGGUCACCAAGUACGUGGGCGGCGUGCUCAAGUCGUUCGCGCUCAUCUGCGGCAUCGCGUUCACGGCCUUCGUGGAGAGCUACGUCUACGGCGCGGUGCUGCCCAACGAGGUGUUCAUCGCCGCGGGCCUCGUCGCCACGAGCAUGGCCAUCUACUCCAGCUUCCCGUACGUGAAGAAGGAGCCGCGACUUCGACUUCCGCACUAUGGGGGAGCACUGGAACUUGUCCCUGGCCACGCUUCUGCUGCUGCUCGGUCUGUGGGGCGUCCACCACUACCUGCUCGUCCGCAACAUCGUGCAGCAGCGGAUUCUGUUAACGCACCUGCAGCAAGUGGAGCAGCACGUCUUGUCGCUUGUGUGGCCGAUGGCUUCCAUCCCCGAGGCGGUAGCAUGCAGCAGCGAGCCGCCGAUGCUCGACCCGGACUCGGACUUGGAGCUGCAGACGUCUCCUAA